GGCGCCAGGGAAGGCUCCUCUUAUCGGCGUGAUUCACAGAGGAAGAUGCUGGGGACCCUAACGAUCACGGUUGGACAAACUGAGCAGUCCAGUGCAAAUUUGCAGGAAGAGGCCGUAACUAUGGAGACAAGUCCUUCCGAGUCGAGCACCAAGGAUGGUCUAGAUGACGGAAAAGAGGAUCCUGAAAUAGCUAAAAAAUUGCCACCUUUGGAAGAAGAUGCAGAAGACGUUGACCAAGCAUCUGAGCCACAGUCUUAUGAUUUGGGUUUUAAAAAGGUUUUUAAAUUUGUUGGCUUCAGAUUCACAGUUAAGAAGGAAAAGACAGGAAAAUCAGAGCCAGUUCAGCUGCUUACCGUAAAAAAGGAAAUGGAAGGCACCGAAGGAGCUGGUGAUCAAAGUGAGGCCAGCCCAGAGGAAACGCCGGGGCCUGGAGAUGCCCUCUCUGCAGAAGACAACACCAAAGACGCAGCAAAGGAUGAACACGCAGAGGAUGAAUCUCCUAAAACACCAGAAGCAAAAGAGCUGUCUUCUCAGUCAGCUGCCUUAGCCACUGAUACUACGUCACCACUGCGGAAAUUUUUUUCCCAGGGAUGGACUGGAUUUAGGAAAAAGAAGAGUUUUAGGAAGCCUAAAGAAGAUGAACUAGAGUCUCCUAAGAAAGAAGAGGACCAAGAAAAACAGGAGGCAGCAUUAACAGCUGAAGCCACUGAAAAGGAAGAGAAAUCUGAGGACAAGAGUCAAGAUGAAGAGAAAAUUGUCGCAGCAGUAACUGUUGAAAUACAUGAGAAGGAGCAAACUGAAGAUGAAAAGCAGGAAUCAAAAAAGACUAUGGCAGCUGUAACAGUUGAAGCGAGUAAGAAAGAAGAGCUAACAGGGCAUGACAGACAGGGCCACGACGAGGUUAUAGAAGCAGCAGUUGUUAAAGCGAAUGGGGAAGAAGUAAAAGCUGAAGAUCAAGAAAAUAGGUUAGUGGAAAGCUCAGAAGAAACAAAGGAAGGAGAAAAAGGAAAUGAGGUGACAGUGAUAACAUGUUCUACUGAGCCUGUUCUUAGUGCUUUAACUGAGAGUGCAAGUAGAGAACUGAAAACAACAGAAGUUUUAACUGUGGAAGGAAAACUGGAAUCAACAGAGACAUGGGAAGUAAAUGACACAACUGAAAAAUCCUCUGGAGAGAAACUUGAAGCAGAUUCUUUAUCAGCAGUUGAAAGUUGUGGUGAAGAAUUAAAAAAAUCUGAAGAAACAGCAGAGAAUAAGCCUGAAUCCUUAGCUCCACUGAAGGAAGAAACAGUUGAAAAAACACAGAAAGCAGAAUCAGUAAUUUCACCUGCAACAGAAGACCUCAAUGGAAAGGCAGAAACACCAGAAGAAGCUCAUGACACAGCUGUGGAGAAGAAAGGAGGCAAAGCAAAGACUUUUUCCACUUCUGAACAUUCAUUUGACACGGAGGGUGACCAACAGCCAACCAAACCCACUGAUGAAGGUCCCCAGGGCCAGGCAGGCAUAGUUGUGACAGAUGAUAUCAAACCGACUGAGGUAACUACACAAGUGUCUCCUGAGGAGGCAGCAGAAAGGAGGCCUGCAGAAGGUAUCACAAGUGAAGCUGAACUACUGUCUUCUCAGGAAAAAACUAAACUACAGGGCAGCCCUUUAAAGAAACUCUUUACAGGUACUGGAUUAAAAAAACUGUCUGGAAAGAAGCAUAAAGGCAGGAGAGAGGAAUCUAAGUUAGGAGAACAGGGAGAACAAAUUCAGCACUUGUCAGAUUCCCCAGAUAGCCCAGAAGAGCAAAAGGCAGAAAGUUCCGCUUCUUCUCCCGAGGAAUUAAAUGAGAUUCCUUCUUUGGAAAAGCCUGCAGAUGGGAUGCAGGCCACUGAAAAUGAAGAUGCUGCAAUUUCAGAUAUGGAGAGAAAAAGAGAAAGUGUUACACCGUGGGCAUCAUUUAAAAAGAUGGUGACUCCCAAGAAACGUGUCAGAAGACCUUCUGAAAGUGAUAAAGAAGAAGAGAUUGAUAAGACAAAGAGUGCUCCAAUGUCUACAACUGAAAAUGCAGUUGAUGAAAAUCAGAGAGAAUUAAAAGAAAAUGGGAUGGACCAGAAACAAGAGAAAGUCACUGAAGAGCCCAAAAGAAAGGUUGACACCUCCGUGUCCUGGGAAGCUUUUAUAUGUGUAGGUUCUUCAAAGAAAAGAGCCAGGAAAUCAUCAUCAUCUGAUGAAGAAACUGAACAUAAGGUUGGUCAAGAAGGCCAAAAAAUAGAGGAAUCUGGACAAAGCAAAGAAACGGCAACAGAUGCAGUUCUUACUAGCUCUCAGGAGAGUGAUCAAGGACAAGGAAAUUCCUCCCCUGAACAAGCUGGAAGCCCAUCUGAAGGUGAAGGCAUUUCAACGUGGGAAUCAUUUAAAAGGUUAGUCACUCCAAGAAGGAAAUCCAAAACCAGAAUGGAAGAGAGAACUGAAGACUCUGUCGUGGGAUCUAGCCUGGAGCACUCAACCUCAGAUGGUGAGCCAGGAAAAGAUGAAUCCUGGGUUCCAUUUAGAAAACUGAUGCCUGGCCGUAGGAAGAAAAAGUCAGAUGGGAAACCAGAACCAUCUCUUCUUAAACAAGCAAGAGAAGACAUGACAGAAACAACUGAAGAAGAUUCUGAUGUUCCAGCUGUUGUUCCUUUAUCUGAAUAUGAAGCAGCAGAGCAAGAGAAAUUAGAAGCCCAGCAAGUAAAAGAUGCUGAAGCGAAAAGAGAACCAGCCUCAGAGAAAGAAAGUGCAGAAAAGCUAGAAGAGAUGGUAAAAGCUGAGCAGGCUACUGAAGGGCUUGUCCAUGCAGUUAGUGUUACUGUUGUGGAAGGAGAAAGGGCAGUUACCAGUAUUGAAGAAAGGUCCCCGUCCUGGAUCUCUGCUGCUGUGCUGGAGAGCAUUGAGCAAGCAGAAGAAGAAGAAGAGAAAGAAACUGAACAAAAAUGUGAAUCAGAAGCUGUUGCAGAAGAAGCAGUUGUGGAUGCCAAGACCGUGCCAGAGGUGAGAAGGGAUACAAGUGAUGAUACCACAGCAAGUGAGCCAGAGCUAUCCUCGGAAGCCGUGACAGCUCUGGAGGAGACUGUGGAACCUCACUGUGCUGAAGAAACAGUGGAAGUAUCCAUUGCUGAGGAGACAACCGAGAUGGUUUCUGCUGUUUCACGGUUGUCCGAAACCCCUGAUACUACAGAAGAAGUUACGCCUGUACAGGAAGUGGAGGCUACUGAGCAAAACUUGAGAGAAUUAGCGAGACAGACGCAAGAAGUUCUUCAGGAAGUUGCUGAAAGAGUAAGGUCAUCGGAGGUAGUGCAGCUGGCUAGUGAGAGAACCGUGGAAGCAACUGUAACUCAGACAGGGCAAGAAAUUGAGUCAGAAAGGAAAGAUGAUGCUGAAGAUGUGAAAGUACUAGAUGAGGAAAUUCUUGUGGCUGAACAGUCCUUGAAAACUGGAGGACACAAGGAGGAUGAUAUCCAAGCCCCGGGAAGUGCAAGGAGCACUCAGGCUGAAGAUAGACAUGAAGAAGUUCUACAGGAAGGUUUGGAGAGAGGUGAAAUACCUGCUGCAGUACAAGAGAGCACAGAAAAACUUGAAAGUGUAGAUAUAUCAAGAGAUGAAAGCCAGUGGCAGAUGCAUGAAAAAGCAGUUGUAGAUGAUCAUGAGGAAGCACCUGAAUUGCAGAGAACAACAGAAGAACCUUCAUCAGAAGACAAAGACUUUCACAGCAGCAAAAUAGUCGCUUCCAAGGAAGAGCCAGUACUAAAGCAGGAAUCUUCAGAACAAGACAAAUUGCCCUUAACUGAGCUGACAGGAGAUGAGAUGAGAGAUGAACAUACUCCAGGAGUGGAGGCUGCAGUGCAAAACAUGGAUGCAGGUGAUGCCUCUGCCUUGGGUCCUGCAGGCACUGCAAGUGAAGUGCCCGUUGUGCAGCUUGCAGGUGAGGGUGAUGUCUCCUCCAAGGGCCUAGAGGACACAGGAGCGGCUGCUGUUGCUGUCCCUGGCACGCCAGAGGGAGAAGAGACAACUCCUGCCUUGGGCUCACCGGACCAAGCUUGGACUAAGGGCACUCCUGGCGAGGCACCUCCGCAGGGAGAGGAGGCAGUGCAGGCCACCCAGGUCCCCACUGCCGAGCUCCCAGAGCAGAGGGAGACACAAGGCCCUGCCCUUCCCACAGAAACAACUGGCUCCGAAGCAGCUGCAGUGUCCGGGCAGAGUGUGAGCGAAGGGCCUGCUGAGCAGGUCUCUGCAGAGGACUCUGGGCCUGUCCUUAAGCCCAAAUGCCCAGAAAGACCCCCAGGGGAAGUGCGCUCUCAGAGUGACGAGACCCAAUGCGGACCCUUACAAGAUGCUGAACUCAAAACUGCAGCCCUCUCCCAGAGUGAAAACACUAAGGAUGACAAAAUGGAAGGUGCUGUCCUCAGCACGGACUCGUGUGGCCCUGUCUCUGCAGCCCCCACACAGCUUGAAGGAGAAGACCUAUCUGCCUUAGCACUGACGGGCAUGGAAGCCACGGGCGAGGGGAGCAGUGUCCUGUCUGGCAGCAGUCCGAAGGGGUGUGAAACCCCAAGGAGCGUCGCUGCAGGAAUGCCAGCGGAAGCAGAAAAAGAACUUGCAGAAACCUCAAGCUGUGAGGAUGUGCAGAGGGAAGAAAGCAAAGGGGAGCGACUGGUGGGAGCACCCGAUGGUGCAGGUGACUCUGACACACUGGAAUCUGUGAGCGAUGAUGGAUGUUACUCUCACACUGUGCAGCAAGAGCCUUCAGCUGGGCCUGCGGAAGGCCCUGGCUCAGCCGACCCUGGAGCUGGAAGCCUGGAGCCACCGCAGGGGUCUGUUGCAGCACCCACUCGUGAGCCUGAAGAGCCUGUCCCCGCCGAGCCUGUCCCUGUGACACUCCCAGACCCAGCAGCUGAAGCGAUAGAGCCGCUGGCAACCAGCCCCAGGCAAGUGGCUGCUGAAGAAGUCCCAGCUGCUGCUGUUGACCAUUCGGGCCCUGAGACUGCAGAGCUUGAUGGUGCAGAAGCACCUCACCCUCAAGCACCUCCUGUUCCUCUGAAGGCAAUUCCAGAGCAGAAGCAAGAGAUGCCCCAGGAAUUUGGACACCCUGAAGCCAGUGUUGCUGCUUCCAAGAAAAGUCCUUCUCUCGACCACCCUCAGCUGGAGAAAGACAUCGUUCAGUCUGUGGCCUUGGAAAGCCAAAGCACAGAAAUUGUAUUGAACGCCAUCCAGACGGCUGUUGACAGACUCGCAGAGCCGGAGGAGACAGCGGCAGCCGAGUCAGGGCAGCACGCGGAGCGCGCGGGCGGGAGCCAGCCCGGCAGCAGCCGGGUACCUGCAUUUCUGGAAACGGCGCUGGGGAAUCACCUGCCUGUCAAAGAGGAAGAAACCCCAAUUAGUGAUGAAGAGCUCCAGCAGCCAACAACAGCGAAACAUUCCCCCUUAGGAGAGUCUGCAGAAAUUCAUGCGAGUGUGGAACAGGCAAAAGAUAAGCUGCUCCUUUCUCAUGCACCUAAAGAAGGAAAAAGUGAGAAUUCACUAGAAGUUAUGGUUAGCCCUCAAGAUGAUUCAGGAGAAAGUGCAACACUUCCAAAUUCCACAGUAGGAAUAGGUACUUCAAAAGAUUCAACCAAAGAACCCCUUGACACACACCCACCAAAAUUAAAGGAAAAAGAGCUGGGGCAGGUUCUGGAAAUCCCAGACCAAAACACAGUUCAGCAAACACAGAUAGAAGAGAAGGACGAGCAACAUACCCUGUCAGUGGAAGAUGUGAAAACACCGACCCCAGAGCCAGAGGGUGUUUGUAGCCAGGAGGGUGCACCUUGCCAUCAUCCGCAGAGCCUGAACUCACUGGCUCCCGAGGCUUCAAAUAUGUGCUAAGCAUCCCUGUGGCAUUUGGAGAGAUGCCAGUCUUAGAGAACAACUGACAAUCCUGUGGCUGAGCCAGGAGCUUUAUUCACCACCCUUUAUUCUUGGAUGUUAACAGCUGCUCUUCUAAAGACUUCACUUUUUUGUCAUUUCUAUUAAAAACAAUGCCUUCAAAGUUGGGUAUGUUCACACGUGUAUCCCAUGCAAAGGUCAGUUGCCUUUGCCCCAAAUGUACCAUUUAGACUGGAGAUGUGCAACUAAGUGAAUGGGCAGACCACUAAAAAUCGUUCCACAGUUAUUGCCAUAUCUUCACUUAGGAUGUCUCCUGUCUCCUUCAGUCCCUUCAUUUAUACCUGAAUCCCUUACCUUCUCCCUGCAGUCUCCCUUAGUGCACUCAUCUUCCGUAGCUGCCUUGAUUUAAUCCACCACGAGGCCAUAAGUGCUGCUUGGCUGAGGAGAUGAAGGGAGAGGAGAGCUGAAUGAUGAGAACAUGUGAAACUUCUGGCUGACUAGUUCAUGUUUCCUUGUUGAACAGCAGGAACUGGAACACGCACAAAUUCUCGAGCAAGAUGCUGGAGAUUUCUGCCUCUCAAUCCCUGUCAGGUGAAAAGAUUGCCCUUGCCGUCCUUGCUGGUGCUUGGGCAGGCCUGUGUUAGUCAGAAGUAACUUCCACAGGGUGGCCUCAGAGGAGGAGGUUGAGGCUACCCUUCUUCCGUUGUUCCAGACUUCAGGUUUCCAGAACUGGACUGUAAUGUGUUGAAUAUUUAUAUGUAUGUCUUAAACCCAGUUCUGAUUUUGAUGUAGAGGUAUGAUAUUUCUGUACCUUUUAGACCCUUGAAAGAACUUUGUAGUGUAGCCUGGAGACAAAAUGGAUACCAUUGGAGAGGAAGCCGCUAACAUGUACUUUCCUAUUUAUUGUUCCAGGUUUUCCCCACCUAAAACCCCUCUAAAACUUGGCUGUCAUGCUUUGAGUAUUUAUAUGUAUAUCCUAAUCCCAGGUCUGAUUUUAACGUAGACUGUGAUCUGUUGAAAGAUGAAAGUAGAGCCCUAACUUGUGGCAGAUCUGCCCACUGCCAUAGCAAAGUCGUCUCCACUCUCCGGGUUUCUGAGAACCGUCCAGACUCGCACCCAGGAGUGUCCCAGAGUCCGCUCUGUUGUAGGCACUUCCUCAUCCAGCCCCAAGGCCCUCCUCCCACUGCCCCCUCUACCAAACAACCUGCAUACAUCACGUGCCUGAACCGCUUUCCCACCAGGGCAUUUCCUGAGAUCCUCCCUGCUCAUAGCAAUUCCCUGUCUUCCCUGUGGGAGGAGCAGGAAGGAGGGUGAGGGCUUGAUGAAGAAGUGUGCCUGGGACUGCGAAGGGAGGAAGGAGACCUCGGGGUGCCGAGCAUUUCAAACUCAUUUAACGCAAGGUGGAUGUAAGGUGGGUUGGAUUGAGAGCAGCCCACAGAACAAGCCAGGGGAUUUAAAGCCAGGCAGAAGGCCCGAGCCCGACAGUGGUGGGAUGGCCACCCCCGCCGGGAGCGCGCGCGCACUUCUGUUGUUUACAUUGAAGUCAGACAAAGGGGGUGCCAGUCACUACUUUCCAUCCUGAUUUCUGAAGCGAAGGCUACAGAGCGCGCUCUGUGAGACUGAUGCCCAUCACAUUGAACAACAGCUUCACUAUCCUACCUGUGUAGUAAUUUAUUUUAAAGUCAGCUUGCAGUGUAGCCAGGCCCUUGUCCCGGUGGGUGGCCGCCUGUCCCCCAGGCUGCGCACAGCAAGCGACGGGACCCGUUGCACUGGUGUGACUGCACCACCUGGUGCUGCCCUCUGGGGAAGCACCCGGAGAUUUCUCCUUACCUCAAAGCAGAUGAUAUAAAUAUUUAACGCCGAACAAUGUGGUUUCAAACAAUCCAGCCCAUCUUUGUCCAGCGUUAGCGGCAGCUUUCCCCCUUAGCUUUGGGCAACUCCAACGAUCUCUGGCAGUUUCCACGGGUUAAGUUGGCUUGCAAAUUAACUGUGCUCUUAAUAACACCUCACAAGUGCAAACUUGGCUGAACUUGUACAAACUGUAUUCCUAUGUACGUUAAGCCAUAUUGCAAUAACUGCAGCAGGUAAAAUGAAAUAACAGUAGCAUGACCUGUGUAAUCCCUAUUCUUAUGUUUGUAGUUCCAAAGCUGUUAAUAAUAUGUAAAGUUAAUUUUUGUCUGAACCUCAUUUAAAUAAAGCCAGCUUUAUCACAAUGUAAAUUGUCUGUUGGUAGUAAUUGGACAGGCAAGUGCUGAAACUUGCUUGUAACCUUCAUUAAUCCAGGGCCUA